AUGCCGUCCAUGAAGAUUGCUCCUAUACUGCUGUUGCUGCUCCUCAUCGUCCCGCAGCGCAUCAUCUCUGAUGAGGGCAAUGAUGCGGACAACCCGACGAUGCUCAAGCCGCCCGGCACGAACGACCCCAAGAUGACGCUGAUUCCCAAGAAAAGCCGGCCUCCUCAAGUCCAAAACCACUCGCCGCCAUCGCCCUCGCCGACGUCCUCUGGCAGUACGGCCCCACCAUCACCAUCCACUGAACUCGGUAUCACCGACUCAACGGACCCCACCGGCAACGAUAAGAAGACCAACUCCGAAGUGGCUGGCUGCCAGAAUUCGUCGUUGCCCGGAAACUGCGCCAACAUCUCGACGACGCCGCCGCAGGGUGAGCCGGUGUCGACUCAGUUUCCGACGGAAGAGGCGCCGUUCGUCUUGCAGCCCGGCACGUUCAAGUACCACCGCGGAUUGAAGAGGUUCAAUGGCCAUACUGGUCAAUGGACCCACCGGCGUGAGCGCGAAGAGGAAGAGGAGUGGAAACCGGUCGCCUUCACCUGGGACGACGAGGGCCACGAGUACUGGGAAUUCGAGGAUGGGCCGGGUGUUGGCGAUGAGUGGGUGGCGUUGGAGGAAGAGGACGAGACGCAGCUCAGCGACUCGGCGAUGGAGAGGCCCGAGCGGCACCUGCGUGCCGACAAGGACUGCCCGUCGUCCGUCACUGUCUGCGACGACGAGGACGAGUCCGCGCAGACAGUAUGCCAGCGCUGGAAUGGACUACCCGCCAAAAUUGGAAACGCCUUUGACAACGGAUUUUUGGAUGGAUUAUUGCAAUUUGGCAUUAGUUCUGAUUCUGCAUAUAUUGGUGUUGAGAAGAACAAUGCUGGAGAGUGGACUAAUAGCGAUGGAUCGCCGUUGACUUAUAAGAAUUGGGGAUCGGGCGAACCCUACAACGGCCCGGGACGAUGUGCUCUGAUGAAAACCGCCACCGGGAAAUGGGCCGCUACAGAAUGCUCCAAUAUACAGCCGUACGUCUGUGAUCCCGACAUCGGUCCCGUGAAGCAACAUCUUUGCCCAACACUCGGCACCUCGGCCUAUAUUCUCGUCACCCUCACCCCCGAUAUCGACAUCUCGGCCUUUGUCGGGUUGCUGAAAGGGUAUUCGGCGUUAACCCAGCGCAUCAACACCAAGUACCAAUUCAUUUUUGGUGCGUCUAAAGCGGCUGAAUUCUAUACGGAUGAUUUGCUGCAGACUAUUGAUGAAUGGGUGGCCAAACCCGAGCUCCUCGCCCAAUACUACAAUCAAUCGCUGACGAACAGCACUGCUGAUGUCCACGUCUUCUCCUCAAUCCAAGACCCAGCCACGCUGAAUCCGAUUUUUACUGCUGACGCUGACUUCCAUUUCCCCGAAUCGCUACAACAAGAAAUUCGCGCAUCUAAUGGUAUCUUCGUGGUCGCCCAUAAAUACCUCGGUCGGGCUAGGCGAAUAUUCUUGGAUACGGUGAGCGGUGAGCAGUGUCACCCUGGAAAAGGGCGAAUGAACGACCGCUUCAUGACAGUCAGAUUCGCGGGGGAUAGCAACGAUACAGCUAGAGAGAUGGACCUCCCCUGGAUCGGGAAUCUGACCGCGGAUUUUGGGCAGCAUUGCUUCGAUCGAUUCGAGAAUCAGACGGUUGUCCCCUCCAGCGAGUCCGGUCUUCUGAUCAUCGAAGAUUUCCUUACCGCCCUCGUCCCGCCCCCGAACGUCACGUUCACGUUCGCCUCGCUGUUGUUGGGCAACGACUUCGGGCUGGUCGAGCACUUGCAGAAGCGGAUUGAGCAGCUCGAGACUACGACCCCAUUUCACAUCUGGGCCGACGGGGAGCCGGACUCGAUUUAUACAAAUGUAACGGUCGAAUUGAUGGAGGCGCUGAGCAGCGACUGGGACCAUCUAAUUCUGCCCUAUACCUUUUACGACAAUCGCACGGACCAGGCCACCGUAUGUCGGGAUGUUAUUCCGCAAGUGAGGAUGCUGGCGUCUAAGCCCUACCACAAGCCGAAGCACUUCUACUUGGCCGUUGAGGAUAUCAUCUGGAUGACGGUCUGCGCUGCCGGUUCGGCAAUCAUCGUUGGGUAUCUGAUCUACCGGAAAGCCUACAGGCUCUACCAAGAGCAGCUAGACGUGAUGGGCGAGAUCGCGAUGCAGCCGUUACAAUACAGACCGAAGAACGAGAACGUGCGAAUGGCUCGACUGCCAUGGGAGAUCAAGGCGGAUCGGGUGCACAUAGACCGGGAAUGUCUGCUGGGCGAGGGUACCCAUUCAGACGUGUAUUUGGGCCGCCUAAAAGGGAAGGCACCGAUUAUGCAGUGGAUGGAACGGGUGGAAAUGAGACAAUAUCAGGAUUGUGCCGUGGCAGUUCGAGUUCCUCGCCGAUUCGACGAGGCCGAGGAGGAGCAGCUAUUUCGAGAGGUCGCGUCGAUGCGACGCCUCCGAAGUCAUGCUCAUAUUGCGCUAUUUUUGGGCUGGUCCUCCAUUGAUAAUCUUGUUUGCUCGUUGAUCGAGUUGACGCAUACAAGUUUCCGGAAAUAUUUGCAGCAACUGGAGGAAAGUUCUGACUCUUCUUCCACUCGAGGGCCGCCCCGGUUGCCUUUCAAGCAGCUUUUCCAAAUCAUAUGGCAAGUCUGCGAUGGAAUGGCCUACAUCCAUCAGCGACAUCUGAUACAUCGAGAUUUGGCAGCUAGGAAUAUUCUGCUCACUUCUGAGUUAAGGCCGAAGAUCUCCGGCUUCAACUUCUGCUCGGACCCUGGGGACCCGAAGUUCGGAAGGGGGAGCACGCUGUUGAGGCGAUUACCAGCCAGGUGGAUGGCCCCAGAAGCAUACCUGGGACAGUUCAUUCCGCCAAGCGACGUCUGGUCGUUUGGUGUGCUUCUUUGGCAGGCCUUUUCCUAUGGGGCGUUUCCGUUUCCGGAGUUGCGGGAUGAGGAAGCAGUGCACUUGGCGUACGCUCGGGGCACCGUACCGCCGAGGCCGGAAUUGGCAUCGCGGCAUGUAUACACUCGUAUGUGUUCUUGCUGGUUGCGAAACCCGAUGGACCGGCCGACUUUCCCGGAAUUGCGAGACUCUUUCUACCAAACUUUCGAGCGACUACACGAAAAUCCAGGCUUUAUCAUGGACGAG